GAUUAACGAUACAAUAAUUACGUUACUUAAUCAUUACUAUUAUCAUGUUCAUACGUGUAUCUUGACUUCUACUCGUUUAUCAGCGACAAAAAAUAUAUAUAUUAACAAAAGAAAAUUCCCCUCCAUAAACGUACCCAUUAUUUCGACCCGUAAACAUGAGAAUUUGAAAAACAGGUGUACGACCGCGGAAACCAAUGUCUCUUAGAUAAAUCUGAAAAUGAGAAUCUCAGUGACGAAUCAAUUUGUCCUGAAAGCUUCGACUACACCAACGCACACAGUAGGUGACUACGCAUUGAGUCUACCAGACAUCGAUUCUGCGUACAAAUUAAUGGGCAAUUAGAAAAUGAAUAACGUAAAAUAUUUGGACCGAUAUAAUGCGUACACAGAACUUUAUCGGACCUGAUACGCGUGUCGCGCGUGCAACGGGCGAGAGACCCGCCAAAUGAUCUCUAAAUCGAACCGUGAAACGUGAAAAAGCACCGGAACCGGUGGUUCAAAGGUGCAGAGAAAACAACCGGGCCGAAAAGUACAGAGUCAACGUGCGACGCGAUAGCUACGUGGUUCAUCGAGCAGAGUAAGCGCGAACCAAAGAAUUUGCAAGUCAUUCGCGUCAUCUACGAUCACGAGUGCUGCUUCACGGACGAACUUUCGUUUGUAUUCGUUUCUGCGGCGCGCGGUCCCUCGGUUACUCACGUUGCAAAAUUUCAAUUAACUCGACACAAUUAACGCGUCGUGCCUUCCUUGUUUCACCGCCUUCCAUCCGACGCAUUGUGUAUAUACACAAAACGUGUAUCUCUCGGGUAUGAGCGAUACCAGGCAAUAACGCUCGCUGAUCGUCUAGACGCCGUUUAAGAAUAGGCAAGAGGAGGACGUGUUAUCGACUGCUUUCAAUGUCCAACCGUAGACGCUGCGCGUAUGACGAUUUUCCAAAAAGAAAGGAUACAAGUGUUCGCGGAGUGUGCAGCGUCGUAUACACUGUUUAAUGUUUGUCUCGGGGCUUGGAAAAAGAAAUUGUCGUCGUUGAACGUCUACCAACGGUCGUCCCCUCUUCGAGUUUGACGCGUGUCCACGGCACGUCUAGCAACCAUAUCGUGCUCGGCCGAAUCUCCCUGGUCACGGUGCAGCAUUGAUGAAUUAAUCAUCGAAUUAUGACGGGCCAGCCACAUCUGUUUCUCUACUCUUAAUUUGGAGCGCGCCGAGGAAAUUGGCACGAAGGACGAGUUCUUUUGGCAAUUUUCGUUUGCGUCCACCGUCGGGGGAGUCUGGCUUCUUGGUCAUUGAAUUUACUUUAAUGGAUGAAGUUAAGAGAGCUUGUUAUAAUAGGAAGGAAGCUAGAAGUAACUUUCGAUACCAAAAUUCUGGAUGCAAUUUAUCAUUCAUGGCAUCGGAUGAAAAAGAUUUGGAAGGCAUGGAGAAUCAUGAGGACCUCGGCGAUAUGACAUUUAAUAUGUCCAAUUACAUCAAGGAUGCUAUGAAGAUGAUGUUCAUUAUGCGUAGCCAUCAUAUGCUUACCGAUGUGGUACUGGAAGUGGGUGCAGAAUUAUUUUACGCACAUAAAGUUAUUUUAGCUGCAGCAAGUCCAUAUUUCAAGGCAAUGUUUACAGGAGGCUUAAAAGAGUCUGAAAUGAAUAGGGUGAAGCUUCAAGGUGUCUGCCCAACUGCUAUGGCACGUCUAUUAUAUUUUAUGUAUCAUAGUUGUCAGAGUUUAUAUCAAAAAGCGAAUCAAUUUAUUGUUCAACAUUUUAGUCAAAUAUGUCAGGAAGAGGAGUUUCUGCAAUUAUCUGCAAUACAGUUGGUUGCCCUGGUGAGAAAGGAUGAGCUGAAUGUACAAGAAGAGAGAGAAGUGUACAAUGCUGUGUUGAAGUGGGUAAAGUAUAACGAAGAAGCAAGAGGAGCUAAGAUGGAACAUAUACUGCAUGCAGUAAGGUGUCAGUACCUCACUCCAAACUUUCUGCGGGAUCAAAUGAAAAACUGUGAUGUAUUAAAAAAAGUACCUGCAUGUCGGGAAUACCUCGCACAAAUAUUUAAGGACUUGACCCUACACAAGAAACCAAUAGUGAAAGAGAGAACUCCUAAUACACGGAGAGUAAUAUAUAUCGCUGGCGGUUUCUUAAAGCAUUCAUUGGAUGUUUUGGAAGGGUACAAUGCAGAUGACAAAACUUGGACCCAACAUGCGAAGCUAGUUAUUCCUAGAUCUGGUUUAGGUGGAGCAUUUUUGAAAGGCAUGUUUUAUGCUGUUGGUGGCAGGAACAACUCGCCAGAGAGUAGGUACGACAGUGAUUGGGUGGACAGAUACAAUCCAGUUACAGAUCAGUGGAGAGCUUGUAGCCCAAUGUCUGUACCAAGAAACCGUGUAGGAGUAGCUGUGAUGGAUGGUUUGUUAUAUGCUGUAGGAGGUAGUGCAGGUGCAGAAUAUCACAGUAGUGUAGAGUGUUAUGAUCCAGACUUGGAUACAUGGAACAAUGUAAAACCAAUGCACAUAAAAAGAUUGGGAGUUGGAGUAGCAAUGGUUAAUAGAUUACUCUAUGCGAUCGGUGGUUUUGAUGGAACAAAUCGACUUAACUCUGUGGAAUGUUAUCAUCCUGAAAACGAUGAAUGGACGAUGGUUUCACCGAUGAAAUGUAGCCGUUCAGGAGCUGGAGUAGCUAGUCUCGGUCAGUAUAUAUACGUUGUAGGAGGAUACGAUGGAACUAGGCAAUUAAAUUCUGUUGAGAGAUACGACACAGAGAAAGAUGUAUGGGAAUUUGUUAGUAACGUUACUAUCGCUCGUAGUGCGCUUAGCGUUACCGUACUAGAUGGAAAAUUAUAUGCAAUGGGUGGAUACGAUGGAGAACUGUUUCUAAGUAUUGUCGAAAUAUAUGAUCCUGCAAAAGAUGUAUGGGAGCAAGGAGAACCUAUGACUUCAGGAAGAUCAGGUCAUGCUAGUGCAGUGUCUUAUCACCAAUGUCCUAUACACUGUGAUACAUGUACUUUUUAUAUAUCCAACGACACAAAAGAAAUUGUUAGCCAAGAAGAAGACAAAGAAGACCCAAGUAAAAAGAAUAAAAAUAUUAGAUUAAAAUUGUGAAGCAACAAAAGAAUGAACUAUUCCUUUGUUACCAUAGACUGACUGUUUCCAUUGAAUCAAGUGAAUCUAGUUCCUGAGGUCUGAAACACGAUCUCACAGAAUCUUUAAAGUCUAAUUGUAAAUUGUUACAACUAUGAUUUCAUGCUUCAAAGGACCAAUGAUUAACUUCCAUUGAAAAAAUGAGAUUUAGUACAAUGUUUUCUCAUGAAAAUGCAAAGACCUAACGAUGUAAAUAUAUUUGUAUAGCGUUGUUAUUUUUGAGAAAUUUUUAUAGAAUUUUCUUAUUUCGAUCAUUGUAUAUUUGUAAUAUACCAUUAAAAUAAUAUUUGAAAUAUAUGCAUACUAAAACACUUU